AUGGUGAAUAUUCCCGAUAAACCAAUCAACUCUCACAAGCCAGUUCGAAUUGCCCUUCUGGGCCCUUCAAAUUCUGGAAAAUCCUCUUUCGUGCAAAGAGCGGUGCAUAACACAUUCCUAGAAACUUAUUACCCUACGAGGAACAUUGUGCCAGCUGUGUUUGAAUUUCGUCCAACCAACCCCACAAGCAGACAAAUACUAGACUUCAAUGCUUCAUUAAGUCACAUGGAAGACAUGAAUGCUGAUUCUUCGCUACGAGUUGGAUAUGCUACAUCAGUGACUCUUCAUCAUAAUGAGCUAAUAAGACUCUCUGAUCGUAACUAUCCCAAAAAUUCUACUCACAACGAAAUAUAUACCACACUCUCCAAUGAGGGGUCACAAAAGGAGAAUCGAACGUCGUUCAAAGCUCAAGAUUCUGCUUUAUCUCCCGUCCCCUCUCUUGUGUCGUACAAUCCUCCCUUUACGACGCCCAUUCUGACAGAGUUGGUGGACAGCCCUCCUUACAAUCGAAGGCAGACUGUACCCUUUCUUGAGGCAAGUUUGGAUGCCAAAUUGCCCUCAGAAUUUCUUCACAGAUUGGCGCUAGAACCAAGAAAAAAUAUUCAAGUUCAACCUCUUUUAGUUGCUAGUGGGGCUAGUGAAAUGAAUGGAUCGAUAGACGGAUAUCUGUUUUUUUAUUCUUGUGUUCCUUCUCUGAAUCCUCCGGAAUAUUCAGAGUCUCCUGAAACCAAAGAUGGCAAAGCUACAGAAGAGGAGACCACUUUCGAAAAGCUUACUGAAAGUGAUGAUCCAAUUAGUAUACUAAAGUCUAUCAAAUUGGCUGUAGUAGAUGCUUGGAAAGACUACAAUAGGUAUAAAAAGAACUGGCUAGAUGGAGAAGAAUGCGAUGUCUAUUCUCUGUCUAACACUAUCAAAUCUUUGUGGAAAUCUGGCAGCAGUAAGGUCCCUACGAACCCUCCUCGAAUUGAAAAGACGGAAAGCGGUAGCACUACCACAUCCUCAGUUGACGAGAAAGUGAGACAUGAACUACAGAAUUACAGAGACUUACCACCCGUGACCAUUGUCUGCACACACGCAGACUCUCCAUUGAAAUCACCGGUUUUGAUAGAGAAAGGAAAGAAGCUAGCGCGAGAGUGGAACUGUGGAUUUGUACUUAUGAGCAAUUUAUCUGGGUCAAACGCUCAGGAGUGUUUGGCCUUGACCAUCAGAGAAAUAGCUGAAAGAAACAAAUCCAGGUCCCCUUCUAAUAACAAAAGAAACAAACUGGUUCAGAAACUGAUGCAAAUGAAUUAA